AUGUGUGGUUUUGUGUUUGUGUUCGUAUUUGUUUAUGGUUUGUGAUGGAUAAGGAGGCUACGUUGUUAUGAAAAUUUUGCUCGAUAUUUUGCAUAAUGUCGAAGAAAGUAGUGUCGUACUUUUACAAUCCAGAUGUGGGCAAUUUCCAUUAUGGACCAGGACAUCCCAUGAAACCACACAGACUUUCUGUUAUUCACAGUCUUGUUCUGAAUUAUGGACUUUAUAAAAAAAUGCAGAUUUAUAGACCAUACCGCGCGUCAGCACAUGACAUGUGUAGAUUUCAUUCUGAUGAAUACAUAGACUUUCUCCAGCGUGUGACACCACAGAAUUUGCAGGGCUACACGAAAUAUUUAAGUCACUUUAAUGUUGGUGAUGACUGUCCAGUUUUCGAAGGACUGUUUGACUUUUGCUCAAUGUAUACAGGAGCUUCAUUGGAGGGUGCAAUGAAGCUGAAUAACAAUUGCUGCGAUAUAGCAAUAAACUGGUCCGGUGGUUUGCAUCAUGCCAAAAAAUUUGAAGCUUCAGGUUUUUGUUAUGUGAAUGACAUUGUAAUAGCAAUCUUAGAACUUCUGAAGUAUCAUGCUCGUGUGUUGUACAUAGAUAUUGACGUUCAUCAUGGGGACGGCGUGCAGGAAGCGUUUUACUUGACAGAUAGGGUGAUGACAGUUUCUUUUCACAAAUACGGAAAUUAUUUUUUUCCUGGUACUGGUGAUAUGUACGAAAUAGGAGCUGAAAGUGGUCGUUAUUAUUCCGUGAAUGUACCCUUAAAGGAGGGUAUCGAUGACUCGAGUUAUUUUCAAGUGUUCAAACCUGUUAUCUCAAGUGUAAUGGAAUUCUACCAACCUACUGCCAUAGUUUUACAAUGUGGUGCAGACUCUCUUGCAAAUGACCGCCUUGGAUGCUUCAGCUUAAGCACGAAAGGUCAUGGUGAAUGUGUAAAAUUUGUGAGGGAUUUAAAUGUGCCUCUUUUGGCAGUUGGAGGAGGGGGCUAUACAUUAAGAAAUGUUGCUAGAUGUUGGACAUAUGAAACAUCACUCCUUGUAGAUGAACAAAUUAGUAAUGAACUACCAUAUACUGAAUACUUAGAGUACUUUGCUCCUGAUUUUACAUUGCAUCCAGAGGUUGUAACCCGUCAAGAUAAUGCAAAUAGCAAGCAGUAUUUAGAAACAAUAACAAAACAUGUGUAUGAUAAUUUGAAAAUGUGUCAGCAUUCUCCCAGUGUACAAAUGCAUGAUGUUCCAGGAGAUGCCUUUCCAUCCCAAGAUGAAGUUGGACAUGAUGAACCAGAUCCUGAUGUGCGAGUAAGUCAAGCAGAAGAGGAUCGGAGGAUUGAGCAAAAAAAUGAGUUUUAUGAUGGAGAUGAGGAUCAAGAUAAGGAGAAUUUAGGUCCAUGAGAUUCCUGAUCAGGAGACAUAUGCAUGUAGAAUCAUCUUUUUAUAAGAGUGAUCAUCAUACAAACUUAGAUGACUGCGGAGAUUGAGACUGUAAGGAGGAUGUAUAAGGGAUUCCCAGUGAAAUUUAUGCACUACAGACAAAACAACCUCUGCAAGAUGUGGAUGGACAUUAUUCUACAACAGAAUGGCGCUGUCAAUCAGCAUUCUUCGGUGUUUGGACUUGAUGGUGCAUUUCAAUUUUUUCAAUGAGUCCACAUACCAAUGUAUGUUAAUCGCGGCACAGUGUCAAAGUCAAUAAGCAGAAAGUCAGUAAGCAAUGGGGCCUUGCGGUCAAAGAAAAAGGUAAUCAUGACUUUCUCAGAGAUGGCGUGCACAGCUUUGGCCUUUUUCGGUGGGGGGCAAAUCUGUGUGCUUCCAUUGCUGAAAGUUGCUUUCUGGCUCAGAAUGGUGACCCCACGUUUCAUCUUCCACAGCAAUACGGGAUGUGAAAUGAUGGACUUCAUCGUGAUACCAUUUCAGAUGCUGCAGUGAUGUUGACAUUAUGUUAGACUUCUGCUCCUCCAUCAAGUAGUGGGGAACUCACAGUGCAAAGAUUUUCCAGAACUUCAGAUGCUCUGGCACGAUGGCACGAGCAGUACCGUGACUGGUGCCAAACAUGAGCUGAGUGUCUUCCAUAGUCUGCAGUCGAUCAUUUGUGAUGGCAACACCCACUGCUGUAAUGACAUGAUGAACCUGACCUGGCUUACUGCUGUCUUUCAGUGAUGCCCGACCACCUCAAAAUUGAUUAUUCAAUGCUAACACGUGCACAUGCGACAUACUGAGUUCGCCGUAUACGGCAGACAUUCGGGCACGAAUUUCACUUCCCGACACUCCUUGCAUAAUCAAAAACUGCACUACACCUCGCUGUUCCCCUUUCCCUGAACACAUGACUCACUGACCUCACAUCGAGCACAUUUGACAGACAAUGACACAACAGAAUAUUUGUGCUGUUCUUUCCCAAUUUCCAAUAGAGAACACUUCUAGACACACACGUACCUGUGUUACCAAUGUCUAUGCUUGCCUGUUAUGUAAUCUGUCUUAAUUUGAUUGCCCCAUUAUAUAUUAGAAGAAAAAUAACUGCUUGCUUUUUUUCCUGUACUAGUCAGCUGCCGUUUUCACCCAGCACGCACUUCAAACAAAGCAUUUACAGUAGAAUCUCAUGAAUCCGGCCUCGGAUGAUCCGACUCUCCACUUAGUCUGACCACACCAUUUCUGAUGUUCGCUUACAUGCACAGGCCGCUGCUACAGUCAGGAGUGGACUUUUCGUCCAUGACUCAUUGUAAGCGAUUGGAAAUUGAGCCCAGUGACACGAGUGAGUGGAUCAGCACAACUCACACUGGCUGCACAAUGGAAGCAGAAUUAACUGACGACAAACUCACUGAUGCUGUAACUCGAACAACCAAUGUGAAUGAGAAAGAAGAUGAAAACAACAAAAUACAAUGAACAUAUGGCUUGAGUAUCACAUGUAGAUGCUAAAAAUGCAUUUGAUAUAGCCCUUCAAUACAUUGAACAAAUAUCUACGUUUACCACAACAGACAUUAGGUAAUGCUGGAAUGUCGCAAAAAAUCUAGGUUGUCAUCUGGUAAUCUAAUGAACAUCCCAGUCUUUUGUCGUUCUGCUUAAGAACAGAACAUUUUUUUACCGUGUGAUUUCUUGGGUUUUAACAAUUAAGUGCAAAUCAGUUGUGUGUCAAUGCAGUACUGUAAUAAAG